AUGGUACAAUAUGAUGUGACCGUGUUCACUGGUGAUCUGGCAUGGGCUGGUACUUCCAAUAGUGUCUACAUUAAGUUGGUCGGCACAGAAGGGGAGAGUGAACGAACACACCUGUGGAAACUUUUACAUACGCCCUUCCACAGUGGAGCAAAGUCAGAGUUUACUGUGUCCUGCCCAACCUUCCUUGGAGAUCUGGUGCUCAUAGAGCUGGACAAACAGAGCUAUUUCCAUGAUGAUGCAUGGUAUCCUGCCAAGGUGGAAGUGACUUCCCCUGAGGAUAAGACCUACCACUUUCCCAUCUACCACUGGAUCACUGACAGCAAGGUGCACUACUUUAGAGAGGGGACAGCAAAAAUCGAUGAUGGCAGCCCUCUUCCUGGUGGGUACAGUCGGCAGCAGGAGCUUGAGCAGGAAAGGAAAGUCUAUUGCUGGGAUAUAUAUGAAGAGGGAAUUCCCCACUGCAUUAAGGGAAAGGCGGCUUCACUGCCAGAUGAUGUCCGCUUCUCCAUAACCAAGAAAAAAGAGAUGGCCUACAAUUACGUAACAGGACUGGUAGAGCUGGAACUGUUGGAAUAUGCUGAGUGUAAGAAGAAGUUUACUUGUAUGGAUGAUAUAAGUCGCCUUUUCUUUCUCCAUCGGACUCCGAUAUCGGAAUAUGUCAGUCAUCACUGGGAUGAUGAUGCUUUCUUUGGCUACCAGUAUUUGAAUGGUGUCAACCCCCUGGUGAUCCGACGCUGUACAGCACUGCCCGAGAACUUUCCUGUCACUGAUCAAAUGGUCUUCACCCACAGCCAGAGCAGUCUGACAGAUGAAAUGAAGAAUGGCAACAUCUUCCUCUGUGACUACAAGCUUUUGGAUGGAGUCCCAGCAAACACCAUCAAUGGGAAGAAACAGUACCUGAUGGCCCCCCUCGUCCUACUCUGGAAAACUAAUAAUGAUGAACUGACACCAAUUGCUAUUCAGCUGAAGCAGAAACCAGCAGAGGACAACCCCAUCUUUGUUCCUACUGAUUCUAAGGAUGACUGGUUGUUGGCCAAGAUCUUUGUGAGAAGCGCAGAUUUCAACCUGUAUGAGCUCAGUGCUCACCUGCUGCGCACUCACCUGCUGGCUGAGGUUUUUGCAAUGUCACUGCUGCGCAACCUGCCCAUGGUGCAUCCUCUGUACAAGCUCCUCAUACCUCACACUCGCUACACUCUUCAGAUCAAUGCCUUAGCUCGGGAGAAGCUUAUAUCUGAAGAUGGAGUUUUCACACAGUUUGCAGCUUGUGGUGGAGAAGGUGCAAUCCAAAUCCUGCAGAGAUCACUGGACUCACUGACCUACAGCUCCCUCUGCAUCCCAGAGGAUAUCGCUGAGCGUGGGCUGAAUGAUGUACCAAACUUCUACUACAGGGAUGAUGGACUGAAGCUCUGGGAGAUCAUCCACAGCUUUGUCAGCGCAGUGCUGGGCCACUACUACGAGACUGAUGAUGAGGUCCAGCAUGACGCUGAGCUGCAGACGUGGAUUCACGAUAUUUAUGAACACGGCUUCCUUUCCAAAGAGCGCACAGGAAUUCCACAGGAAUUCACCACUGUGGAUGAGAUGGUCAAGUUUGUCACCAUGGUGAUCUUCACUGGCUCUGCCCAGCACUCAGCGGUCAACACGGGGCAGUACGACUUUGGUGGCUGGAUGCCCAACUACCCUACCUCCAUGGAACUUCCCCCACCAACCAAAAAGGGCGACGCAAGUGAAACAAGGAUACUGAACACGCUGCCCGAUGUUAGUACGACAGUUCAUGGCAUGGGUACCGUGUGGCUGCUCAGCAGGCCAUCAGCUGACUCUGUCUUCCUUGGCCACUAUCCUAACGAGCACUUCUCUGAAGAGUUUCCCCUCCAAAAGAUUCAGGAAUUUCAAGAUGCCCUCAAAAAACUGAGUGCAGACAUCAAGGACAGAAACAAGAAAUUGAGUCUGCCAUACACAUACCUGGAUCCAGGUGUGAUUGAAAACAGUGUGUCUAUUUGA